UAUAAAAACCCUUACAGCUGUAAGGUCGUGUCAGCUGUACAAGCAGAAUUUCUCAAUGCUGGUUCGAAUAUCAGAUUCUGCAGCAGGAAACCUCUCUCGGUCUCUUAGACUCCUUUUCUUUUUGAAGCAAGACAUAUAGGCCUCUGGUCCCUGGGCUGGGCAAAGGAAGGAACAGAAAGGAAACAACGAAACAACGUAGCAAAUAUGGCGCUUUCGGUACAACAAGCUGAAGAGUUACGUCUCUAUCAGCAAACUUUACUCCAAGAUGGACUCAAAGAUAUGUUGGAUCACAAUAAGUUUAUAGAUUGUAUUCUGAAGAUAAAAGGAAAGGAGUUUCCCUGCCACAGGCUGGUGCUGUCAGCCUGCAGUCCUUACUUUAGGGCAAUGUUCCUUUCAGACUUGGAGGAGAGUAAGAAAAAAGAAAUUGAACUAGAAGAUGUGGACCCGGAAGUCAUGGGAAAAAUUCUUAAUUACAUCUACACUUCUGAGAUCGAAAUCACAGAGACAAACGUGCAGGACAUAUUUUCGGUGGCCAAUAUGCUUCAGAUCCCGUCGAUAUUUACAGUAUGUGUUUCAUUCCUCCAAAAAAAGCUGUGUCUCAGUAACUGCCUGGCUAUAUUUCGACUGGGUUUGAUGCUGGACUGUGCUCGACUGGCUGUGUCUGCCCGGGAUUUUUUGUGUGAUCGUUUUAAUUUAAUCAGCAGAGAUGAAGAGUUCUACCAACUUGGUCCGGAUGAGCUGAUAGCUAUUAUCUCCAGCGACUCCCUGAAUGUGGAGAAGGAAGAGGACGUGUUUGAGGUGGUCAUGAAAUGGGCCGCAAGGGACAAGGAGAAACGUAUCGAAGCCCUACCAGUCAUAUUUGAAAGUAUUCGCUUCCGUCUUAUCUCCCCAGACUACUUAAAGAACAAGGUGGAAAAGAAUGAGUUAGUAAAAUCCAAUAUGGAACUCUUAAAAAAACUUGAGAUGGUCAAUGAAGCCCAUAAUGGAAAAUUACCUGUCUUAAAAAAGAAGUCUUCAGUGAAAGAGGGAAAAGAUGGGGAAACAGUAGUGAAUGGAAAUGUGGAAGAAGAGGAGGAAGAAGAAUUGUUACCUGGGAUUCUGAACGACACACUGCGGUUUGGAAUGUUCUUAAGGGACCUUAUAUUCAUGAUAAGUGACACGGGAGCUGUAGCUUAUGACCCCAGUGCAAACGAAUGCUUCUUUGCCUCACUCUCAGCACAAAUUCCCAAAAAUCACAUCAGUCUGGUAACCAAGGAAAACCAGAUCUUUGUAGCCGGCGGACUUUUCUAUAAUGAGGAAAAUAAGGAUGAUCCCUUAGGUUCUUACUUCUUACAGUUUGACCACCUGGACUCGGAUUGGUUGGGUAUGCCCCCCGUUCCAUCUGCUCGGUGCCUGUUUGGCCUGGGAGAAUCAGAGAACUCAAUCUAUCUGAUUGGGGGCAAAGAAUUAAAAGAAGGGGAACAAAUAUUGGACUCCGUCUUGUGCUACGACCGCCCGUCAUUUAAAUGGGGGGAGUCGGACCCUCUGCCUUACCAAGUCUAUGGACACACUGUGGUAUCACACAAUAACUUAGUCUAUGUUUUGGGUGGAAAAGGGAUCGACAAAAAGUGCCUGAGCAGGGUUUGUGUGUAUAACCCACAGAAGUUUGAGUGGAAAGAUAUUGCACCUAUGAAGACUGCUCGUUCGCUAUUUGGUGCCACGAUUCACAAGGGGAAGAUUUUUGUAGCCGCUGGCGUUACGGAUACUGGUUUGACCAAUACCAUUGAAGCUUAUGACAUCAAGAACAAUAAGUGGGAAGAUUUCACUGAGUUUGCGCAGGAACGCAGCUCUCUCAGUCUGGUCAGCAUGGACGGGACACUCUACGCAAUCGGAGGAUUCGCAACACUGGAGACUGAAACACAAGAACUGGUACCAACAGAGCUAAACGACAUUUGGAGGUAUAAUGAAGAGGAGAAGAAAUGGGAAGGCACCCUCAAAGAAAUCCGAUUUGCAUCCGGAGCCACCUUCCUGGCUGCUCAUUUGAAUAUUCUCCGAUUAACAAAAAUGUAGACAAGCCCAAUCACACCAUGUUUUAAGAAAGAUCUAGAGAUCGUGCAUAGAGUUAGUGCAGCCCGGUGAGACCUCAGCAUUGGAGGAAGGGCAUCGAUUUAUUACACUAUAAAUGAAAGGUUCACCCACUCAAAGAGGCUUAAAGCCAAUCUCCGUUAAUGUAACAAAUGUCUUACAACGACCGCAACGCAUAUAUAUCGGAAGUCACCGAGUAAACAGUCACCAAAGCCACUGCAAUGAGGGGAAGGGUAACCUUGUCCUCCUAAAAAGAAACAUCAAAACCUCUUGUAAGUUGGCUCACAGAACAGUUAUAAUCUUCCCUGUAUUUAAAAGUCAAAUAGAUAAAAAGUAUUCUCCUUAAAGCAGAAGCGUGUGUCAGACGGCAUCAGUGUUGGCAU